UAACUGCCUCUACACAGGAUCCUUUCAAGCAGGCAUCUCCUUCUGUGUGAUCUGCCAGCAAGACCAGCACCAUGUGGGUGACCCAACUUCUGCCAAUACUGGUGCUGCAUCAGGUUCUUCAACACCUCCUUCUUCUUCCCAUCACCAUUUCCUUUGCAGAGGGCCAGAGGAAAAGAAACACCCUACAUGAAUUCAAAAAGUCAGCAAAGACUACUCUAAUCAGACUAGACUCAUCACUGAAUAUUAAAACCAAAAGGCUGAACACGACGGACAAAUGUGCCAAGAGAUGUAUUAGGAAUAAAGGCCUUCCAUUCACUUGCAAGGCCUUUGCUUUUGACAAAGCAAAAAAACGAUGUCAUUGGUUCCCUUUCAAUAGCAUGUCAAAUGGAGUGAGAAAGAAGCAUGACCAUGAAUUUGAUCUUUAUGAAAAUAAAGACUACAUUAGAAAUUGUAUCAUUGGUAAAGGGGGAAGCUACAAGGGAACCAUAUCUAUAACUAAGAGUGGUAUCAAAUGCCAGCCAUGGAAUUCGAUGAUACCACACGAACACGGCUUUUUGCCUUCGAGCUAUCGAGGGAAAGACCUACAGGAAAAUUACUGUCGAAAUCCUCGAGGGGAAGAAGGAGGACCUUGGUGCUUCACAAGCAAUCCAGAGGUACGCCAUGAAGUCUGUGACAUUCCUCAGUGUUCAGAAGUUGAAUGUAUGACUUGCAAUGGGGAAAGUUACCGAGGUCCCAUGGAUCAUACUGAAUCAGGCAAGAUAUGUCAGCGCUGGGAUCAUCAGACACCACACCGACACAAAUUCUUGCCAGAGAGAUAUCCUGACAAGGGCUUUGAUGAUAAUUAUUGCCGCAAUCCUGAUGGCAAACCGAGGCCAUGGUGCUAUACUCUUGACCCUGACACCCCUUGGGAGUACUGUGCAAUUAAAACAUGUGCUCAUAGUACUAUGAAUAAUAGUGAUAUUCCUAUGGAAACAACCCACUGUGUCAGAGGUCAAGGAGAAGGUUAUCGAGGUGCUGUGAACACAAUAUGGAAUGGAAUUCUGUGCCAGCGCUGGGACUCCCAAUAUCCUCAUCAGCAUGAUAUAACUCCUGAGAACUUCAAGUGCAAAGAUUUAAGAGAAAAUUACUGUCGAAAUCCAGAUGGGGCUGAAUCACCCUGGUGUUUUACAACAGAUCCAAACAUUCGAAUUGGCUAUUGUUCCCAGAUUCCAAAAUGUGAUGUUUCAAGUCAACAAGACUGUUAUCGUGGAAAUGGCAAGAAUUACAUGGGAAAUUUAUCCAAAACAAGAUCUGGGCUGACUUGUUCCAUGUGGGACAAGAAUAUGGAAGAUUUACACCGGCAUACUUUCUGGGAACCAGAUGCUAGUAAACUGAAUAAGAAUUACUGCCGCAAUCCUGAUGAUGAUGCCCAUGGGCCCUGGUGUUACACAGGCAAUCCACUAGUUCCUUGGGAUUACUGCCCAAUCUCUCGCUGUGAAGGUGAUACUACACCCACAAUAGUCAAUUUAGACCAUCCUGUCAUUUCCUGUGCAAAAACAAAACAGUUACGAGUAGUAAAUGGAAUCCCAACGCAAACAAAUGUGGGAUGGAUGGUUAGUUUGAAACACAGAAAUAGGCAUAUCUGUGGAGGUUCAUUAAUAAAAGAAAGUUGGGUUUUAACUGCAAGACAAUGUUUCCCUUCUCGAACUAAAGAUUUGAAAGACUAUGAAGCUUGGCUUGGAAUUCAUGAUGUUCAUGGAAGAGGAGAAGAGAAACACAAACAAGUUCGAAAUAUCUCUCAAUUAGUAUAUGGACCUGAAGGAUCAGACCUGGUUUUACUAAAGCUUGCAAAACCUGCAGUACUGGAUGACUUUGUUAGUACGAUUGAUUUACCUAAUUACGGCUGUACAAUUCCUGAAAAGACUACUUGUAGUGUGUAUGGAUGGGGAUACACUGGAUUAAUCAACUUUGAUGGUCUCCUUCGUGUAGCACACUUGUUUAUCAUGGGAAAUGAGAAAUGUAGUCAAUAUCACCAAGGGAAGAUCACUCUAAAUGAGUCUGAAAUCUGUGCUGGGACUGAAAAAAUAGGAACAGGACCAUGUGAGGGAGAUUAUGGUGGACCAUUGGUUUGUGAACAACAUAAAAUGAGAAUGGUCAUUGGAGUUAUUGUACCUGGUCGCGGCUGUGCCAUUCCAAACCGCCCUGGGAUUUUUGUUCGAGUAGCUUAUUAUGCAAAAUGGAUUCACAAAAUCAUAUUGACAUAUAAGGUACCUCAGUCAUAGCUGAAAUAAGGGUGGCUGGAACCUCUACCACUAUAGCUCCUCUUACAGAGCGCAUGAAACUAAAAUGUCACUUAUAAAAAUCCUAAAAAAAAAACCCAACACCCUACUUGACUGUCAAGUUUAUUAAGAUACUCAUCAAUAUUUAUGAGUGUUUUCUGUCAUUCUGUCUGUCAGUGUUAUUUUGUAAAUGUUGAAGUGAAUUAAGGUAUGUGCAAGUCUAGUAACAUAUCUCCUGAAGAUACUUGAAUGGGUAAAAAAAAUUACAAAGUUAUUAUUGCUAGAUGAUAAAGGAUUUUUAAGGAAACAGACCAAUUAAAUUCCCUAUGCCACUUUCCAAGUUGGGACCUUAAGAAUAAACCACAAUUUAAAAAUAAUACUAUAUCAAACUCAUCAGCAUUAUAUAGUAUCCUGUCUUUAAUGAGUUCCUUUAAAUUUAAUUACAUUCCAUUAUCAUUUAAGAUAACCAUUCUCAUUUUUUUCAUUCCAUACCCUUUAACCUUA